AUUAAGAUCAAUUUGAAUUGUUUCAAACUUUCUUAGUCUUCAUUUCAUUGAGUUGUACCUGAUUUUGAUGUUCUUGUAUGAGGUCUUAUGGUACUUCGCUUAUAGAAUUUCCUCCUUCUAGCUUUUGGAGAAACUGAGUAUGUCAAAAUUUAAAGCACUACAUGUUACACGCUGCUAAAAAGAACUUAUGCUAUUUUGGGUUUCCCAAUGAUCAGAGGACUGGAAAAAUACGGCACCGAAGGAAACGAUCCAUUGACGUGGACAAUGAAAAACUCCAAAAUGAGUUUAACCAUGACGCUGCUCCUUUUGGGGAUGCCAAUAUCCACUCAGUCACUGAUGUCCAAGAUUCACCUUCCACUUCACAACAAGUACAGGGUGCCGCAUUUGGGCAUCAAAUUAUGAGGGAGGAAUGGGCAGCAACACGCAUUCAAACAGCAUUCCGAGGAUUUUUGGCCCGAAGAGCACUACGGGCUUUGAAAGGAUUGGUACGGCUUCAGGCCCUUGUAAGAGGUCAUGCUGUGAGGAAACAAGCUGCCAUAACUCUCCGUUGUAUGCAAGCUUUGGUGAGAGUCCAGGCACGUGUUCGAGCAAGGCGUGUGCGCAUAGCCUUAGAAAGUCAAUCAGCACAACAGAAACUUCAGCAACAACUUGCAAAUGAAGCUCGUGUUCGAGAAAUAGAAGAAGGUUGGUGUGACAGUAUGGGAUCUGUUGAAGAAAUUCAAGCCAAAUUAUUGAAGAGACAGGAGGCUGCAGCUAAACGAGAGAGAGCAAUGGCAUACGCUCUGGCACAUCAGUGGCAGGCGGCAUCAAGACAGCAGGCUGCUUCUUCUGGAUUUGAACCAGAUAAGAGUGGCUGGGGUUGGAAUUGGCUGGAAAGAUGGAUGGCUGUCCGUCCUUGGGAGAAUCGUUUUCUUGACAUUAAUACAAGGGAUGGAGUAAUGGUGUGUGAAAAUGGAGCAGUGGAGGGUAAAAAUGAAAUCAGAUCUCAAUUAAGAUCUGCUAGCAAGAAAUCGGUUCUGCCAAGUAUUAGUCCAAACCUUACCAGUCAGAAAACCGGGCCAUCAUUAUCUGAUGGUUGUGACUCUUCACCUAGCAAGUCUGCUGGUUUGCUGGAGGCAUCAAAACCGCAGAUUAAGACGAAAUCUAAUGCAAAUGUUGCAACUGAAGAAGCCAACUCAAAACCUGGGCUUAGUUCGAGAUCUCAUAGUAAUCCGAAGGAGCGAACCACACAAGCUGAUAAACAGGCAAAAAAAAGAUUAUCUCUGCCUAACAAUGGGGGAGGCGCCGGAGCUCAAACAGCCAAAAAUCCUGCCAGAACUAAUGUGAAGGGGGCAAUCAGCACUCAAAAAGCUGUUCGUGACAAGCCUAAGCUCAGUGGAAGAGGCGAUGUGAAUUCAACAAAAACUGUUCCUCAACACGCAGAAAUGUAAUGCUAGAGAAAUACCCCCACCUCUCUCCAACUUAGGCACCUGCCCGUUGUCUGUUUGUACAUACUAUCCAUGCUUUGUGAUUAUUAGGGCUUGAAAUCGGUAUGCACAAGAUCCUCCAUGGAGAUGCUGAUUUGCUGUGGUAGUGAGCGGGUUGGUUGCUUGGGUUCCAGGAUAUUGGCUUGGAGGAGUGUUUUCGAAGUUGACAAAUGUUUGUUGUAAUUAUGCAUUAUUUAUUCUUGUCGGUUGUGAUAA